AUGCGAAGAUCGAAAGCGAAGAAUGAGGUGAGCUAGUGAUUUCUUGAUUAGAAUAAAAAAUAAAAAAAAAAAUUUUAUUUUCAGUAUCUUUCGGGUUUGGCUGAAUUGACUGAAUUAUAUGAAAAAGAUGAAGAUUUGAUGGAAGGAAAAGUGAAACCAUUUGAAGUUGAACAAUCAGUUGAUAGAUUAUUGGCGAAACUAUCAAUUGCAUUGAAUUUGGCAUUACUUUUUACCAAUUUAUUGGCAUCGAUUAUGUCUGGAAGUUUAUCGAUUGUUAGUACUUUUGUUGAUUCUUUGAUGGAUGUUAGUACUGGAGUGAUAAUUGGAAUAUGUCUUCGGAUGAUUGAGAAAACUGAUAGGUUUCAUUAUCCGAGAGGAAGAGCGAGACUUGAAUUAUUGGGUGUGAUUGUUUGCUCGAUUUUGAUGGGAAUUGCGAACUCGAUUUUGGUUUUGGAAUCGGUUAGAUCGAUUCUUGCUGGAACAGUGAGUUGGAAAUUUUUGAUUUUUUGGGAAUUCACUGAAUUAUUGCAAAUUUCAAGAUUCCGAAAAAUAAUUUUUGAUGGAAGCUCUAAAUUUCCCAAGGCAACUUCACACGACCAUACAAGGCGCCCGUUGAGUCAGACGCGAGACGACGAGAGUAUUUUGCAAAAAUAUCUCGAAAAUGAAUUUCGCUUCGAGAUAUUUUCAAUGAAACAUGUGUUCCUUGAAACAAAAUACGGUAUUUUUUCAAAGGGACACAUAUUUUCUCAAAAAUAUCUCGAAGCGAUCUGUCUUUCUCUGUCUUAGAUGACGUCAUCAGACUCCCGUCGUCUCUCGUCUGACCCGAGGGGCAAUUUUCUAUUGGAGUAAAUGGUCGUGUUCAGAAAAAAAAACAUUUUUUCAAAGAAAAAAUUGACCUUUCUGGAUUUCUAAGAGCUUCAAUUUGAAACCCCACAAGCCUAACCUAAGCCUAGACUUAAGAGGUAUCAAACUAAAGCCCUUAACAUGAGCAAUCCCGCCUCAAAACUUUUCUCAAUUUCCCCCGCUCAGAUGAACCCGGUCAUGGAUAUUUACACAUUGGGAAUAAUGCUCGGAGGAUCUGGAGUUAAGCUAAUUCUCUGCCUUGUUUGCUACAAACGUGGCUCAAAUUCCUCAAAAGUUUUAGCAAUGGAUAUGCGAAAUGAUAUCGCCACCUCAAUUACUGCGAUUGUUUGUGCAACUCUUGGACAUCGAGUUUGGCCGUAUGCAGAUCCAGUUGGAGCGAUUAUUGUGUGGUAAUUAAUUUUUGAAUUCAAAUUUUUUUUUUAGAAAAACAUGUUUUUUCAGCGGUGUGAUUGCUUUCGGAUGGUACAGUCAUGCUUUUGAAAGUGUUCCUCAAUUAGUUGGCCGUCGUGCUGAAUCUGUGCAUCUUUCUCGACUUCUCAAAAUUGUCAUUGAACAUGAUGAUCGAAUCAAGAAAAUCGAUCAUGUUAUUUUAUAUCAUACAACUCAAGAAGCAAUCGCUGAAGUUCAUAUUGUUAUGGAUGAAAAUCUGCCGUUAAAAAUCACUCAUGAUAUUGCGGCGAGCCUCGAGAAAAAAUUGAAAAUGUUGGAAUUUGUUGAAACUUGUUUUGUGCAUUGUGAUUAUGAAUUAGAUGGAGAUGAUUGA